ACGCUGACAGAGCAGCCCGCGCGCGCACUGACUGUUCUCUCUGCGCGUGAUGUUUCAGGCGGAAGGUUCUCCUUAAAGUUCUGCAGCAGAAGAAGCUCGCUUUACAAGAUUCCUGUGGGACAUGUUUGUUCUUGUUCACACGUGAAAGUGUACAACUUGUAAACACACCAUGGGGUGAAACAGCCUGCACGUGAGGACGCUGAUCACAGCAGCAGGUAACCAUGGUGAAGGAGAGUCUGCCCAGCUGGGUCAAGCUGGACGCUGAGGGUCUGGUCCACGUGAACGUCGGAGGUCUGAAGAGGAGCCUCUGCUCCAGCACGCUGAAGAAGUUCCCCGACACCAGGCUAGGGAAACUGCUGUCGUGUGACUCGGAGGAGGACAUUCUGCAGGUGUGUGACGACUAUGACGUGCAGCAGAAGGAGUUUUAUUUUGAUAGGAACCCCGGCCUGUUCCCUUACGUCCUGCACUUUUACCAGACGGGAAAACUUCACAUCAUGGAGGAGCUGUGUGUCUUCUCCUUCAGUCAGGAGAUCGAGUACUGGGGCAUCAACGAGUUCUUCCUGGACAGUUGCUGCAGUUAUCGUUACCACGACCGCAAGCUGGAGAGCAGCCGGCACCGCAGCUGGGACGACGAGAGCGACGUCAGCAGUGUCGACACGUCUGUGGACGAGAUAUCGGACUUAAACCGAGACAUGCUGCAUUUCCAGGAGGUGCGUUAUGGGAACAUCAGGAAGUGUGUGUGGCUGACGCUGGAGAACCCGGGGUACUCCAUCCCCAGCAAGCUCUUCAGUCUGGUCUCCAUCUGCGUGGUGCUCACAUCCAUCGCCAUCAUGUGCAUCAACAGCCUCCCGGAGUACCAGACGUUUGACGAUGAAGGGACGUUGAUGGACGACCCGACCACGCAGGCUCUGGAGGUUUUCUGCACCUGCUGGUUUUCCUUCGAGGUGGUGACGCGGCUGUUGCUCGCUCCCAACAAGAGGAAGUUCUUCCAUCAGCCUCUGAACAUCAUCGACUUGGUGUCUGUGGUUCCCAUCUACAUCACUCUGCUGUUCCACGUGACGGUGGGAGCCGAGUCUGAGCUGGGAGACCUGGGACGACUCAUACAGGUUCUGAGGUUGAUGAGGAUCUUCAGAGUUUUGAAGUUGGCCCGACACUCGACAGGACUUCGGUCUCUGGGAGCGACGCUUCGGCACAGUUACCGUGAGGUGGGCAUCCUGCUGCUGUACCUCGCUGUGGGAGUGUCCGUGUUCUCUGGCAUCGCUUACACUGCAGAAUAUGAAGAGGAUGUGGGUCUGGACACCAUCCCGGCCUGCUGGUGGUGGGGGACGGUGAGCAUGACCACAGUGGGCUACGGGGACGUGGUGCCCGUCACGGUGGCCGGGAAGCUGGCGGCCAGCGGCUGCAUCCUGGGCGGCACCCUGGUGGUGGCGCUGCCCAUCACCAUCAUCUUCAACAAGUUCUCCCACUUCUACCGGAGACAGAAAGCUCUGGAGGCGUCGGUGUGGAACAACCACCGCAGGAAGAUAAAGAUGAGCUGCGAGAACGAGCCGGAGGAGGAGGACGAGGAGGAGGACAGCAGGUGUCUGGACGACGACGACACUGACGCCAUCGAGGAGGACGAUAUAGAUUAUGAGGACGACGGAGGUGUGAUCAACUAUAGCUACGUGGAACAUCCGUCCUACGCGUCCAUACUGAGGAGGAAGGAGCUGCAUCAGCUGUGAGCGACUGCCAUUAAAACUGCUCCCAAUGUUUUCUGCACAUUACAUCUUUAUCAGUUGUUCCUGUGAACACAGAUUUGAGGUGGUUGUCUGCCUCUGAAUUGGUUCAGUAGGUCGUUAUCAUCUGUUGUAAACUGGCUUACUGGCGACCUCUAGUGGUCGUAGUGAUUAUGACGGGAGCAAACGAGGAAGUCAGGUGACGUAGGACAAAGAGCGGGAAAGUCCCCAAAGGGAGGAGGCCGAGUCCCGAGUCCCGUAGUCGACUCGUAUUUACUCCUGUUUGAAGUUACGUAUGUACGUUAACUGGCUUACGUUACGUAACAAACGUACUUAUUCAGAAAAUAUUACUUUUUUCAAUGCAUUUCGACUUUUGGACGCCAUGUUUCUGUAAUCUGUUAUUAAUAAUAAUACUGUAAUCGUUAACGUUAUGAACGAUGCUUCGAACUAUAAUUACUUUCAGUGCAGUAACAGACGUUUGAGACACAACUUCCGCCUUCUUCUACCGGAUGUUCUGUGAUAUUCUGUUGCCAAAAUAAAAACACUGGGAAAUUGGCGCAAACCCGACCAGAUACAAGCUCGAGGGAACGUUGUGAAGUAACCGAGAAGUUUUGUUUCUAUUCUCAACGUUAACCACGUGAUUAGAACAGUCUGGUUCAGUCUGAAGCAGUAAAGUGCUGAUAACAACUGAUAACGUCCAUUUAAAGGGCCGAUAACAUUCGAAGCAGAUGUUUUAAAUCACAUUAACAUGAAGUCUGACUUUCAUCUGAUCGGAUACACACGUAGUCUGAACUGUCGAGAUGGAUUCAUGUGGAUCGUCACAGUGAAGACGAUAAAGAACUAAUAAAGUCGGAGGUGGAUUAUAAAUCUGGUCUUCCAUGAGGUCUGUUGCUCUGUGCAUGUCGGGGCUGCAGGACGCCGCCGGACAUGUUCCUCUGUGAUGAUGAGCAGGAGGAGAAGGUGCUCUGAGAGGAACUGAAGUGUAACUUCGUGCACCCAAAUGAAAUAAAAAGAAAUAUCAUGAAA